UACUGAGUGACGUAAUACUAGCUUUCAACGUUGUUGCUUGCUUCUUACUAUCAACUUUCUGCUUUCCUCUUUCAUUUCCUUAGCGUUAAUCCAAAUACUGUAAACAUGGACCUCCGUGAAUCCAUCAAGAAUCAGGUAGAUGUUUCCUUAACCCUAGCGAAGCACGUCUUCUCUACAGAAGUCAAACCAGAUUCCAACCUAGUUUUUUCUCCUCUCUCGAUUAAUAUCAUCUUGGGUCUGAUUGCCGCCGGCUCCAAAGGUCCCACUCUCGACCAGCUACUCGGUUUCCUCAAGUCUAAGUCCACCGACGAUCUCAACGCCUUCUCUUCUCAGAUCGUCACCGUUAUCUUCUCGGACGGCAGCCCCAUCGGCGGCCCACGCUUGUCGGUGGCAAACGGUGCGUGGAUCGACCAGACUUUGUCUUUCAAGCCUUCCUUCAAACACGUGGUGGACAGUGUUUACAAGGCCGUUUCUGAAUCAGUUGAUUUUCAGCACAAGGCGAGUGAAGUGGCUAGCCAAGUGAAUUUGUGGGCAGAGAAGGAAACUGAUGGUCUGAUCAAAGAGAUACUUCCCGCGGGUUCAGUUGACAAUACAACAAGGCUGGUUUUCGCAAAUGCUUUGUAUUUUAAAGGAGCCUGGACUGAGAAAUUCAAUGCGUCUGAUACAACAGAUCAGGAGUUCCACCUCCUUAACGGGAGCUCUGUCCAAGUUCCCUUCAUGAGCAGCAAGAAGAAGCAGUACGUGGAAGCGUUUGAAGGCUUCAAAGUCUUGGGGCUACCUUAUAAACAAGGCGAAGACAAGCGCCAUUUCUCCAUGUACUUGUUUUUGCCAGAUGCCCGGGAUGGACUGCCAUCUUUGAUGGAUAAGGUCACUUCUGAAUCCGGAUUCUUGGAGCGCCACCUCCCCGGUCAUGCUGUUUCGGUGGGCGAGUUUCGUAUCCCAAAAUUCAAAAUAUCCUUCGGCUUUGAAGCUUCAAGGGUUCUUAAGGAGCUCGGUGUGGUGUCACCUUUCGCUGGCGGGGGUCUCACUGAAAUGGUGGACUCCCCCGUGGGAGGUAACCUCUAUGUUUCGCAAAUUUUCCACAAGACCUUUCUUGAGGUUAACGAGGAAGGUACAGAAGCUGCAGCUGCUACUGCUGUUACACUGAAGCUCCGAUGCUUGCUAGUGGAAAAGAAGGUAGACUUCGUGGCUGACCAUCCGUUCAUCUUUUGCAUUCGAGAAGAUUUGACUGGAGUCGUCGUCUUCAUCGGGACUCUACUUAAUCCUCUUAAUUAAUCAAGGUAUCAAACUGAAUCUUCUGUAUCAUGGUUGCUCUUAUUUAAUGUACCAACAAUACUAAAUCCGAGCUCAAUCUAGCAUAUAUAUAUAUAUAGUUCAUGUAUAAGUAGAAGCAGAGUUUGUGUU